AUGAAUCCGGGAGUGGAAGUGCUUACGUUGGAUCGCGAGUCAUUCACAAAACUUAUUGGUGACUUGGAGGCACUGAAUCGCGAUUACGGUGAUUCGCAGAGACGCGCUACUGUGUGA